ACUCUAAGCCUCCGGUUCCUUUUCUAUAAAUGCUAAUAUCUGCUGGGUCUGCUCCUCACAGUUCAGUGACGUGAUGCGUGUGAAAGUUCUUUGCAGGAUGUAAACUGGUUACCAGCCCCGAGAGAGGGAGGUGGAGGGGAUCCAGGAGAUUCGAGGAGAAAGGAGGACACGGGGGACGUUGCUGUCGUGACUGCAAAGCGGCAACUGAAAAUCCUGGAAAGCGUGUACCGAAGGCUUUCAGAAGAAUUUGUGGAGGCCUGGUGCCCACCCGAGGUUCAAAACCUAUCAUCAUACGUCGCUAUUCUUGCUUUAUGUACUCCUUUGCGUCUUUGUUCGCAUGAGAAGCCAGUUUAUCCACUGCAGGCGACUCCAGGUUCACACCUGCAAAUCUAAGAGAUACAUCUCUCUGGAAGAUAAGAGAGCUUCUUCCUCGAGAUCAAAAAAGGAGACUGGAGUGAUACCCAUGUAGGGAAUCCCCAGAAGGAAGGAUUGGCACACGUGGAACCCAAGGAGCUUGCUUCCUGGGAAGGCUUCUGUCUGAUGUGUAGGAGGCAGAACGUCAUACUGACUCUUCAAGGGGAGGCUACAGGGGAUCGAGAUCGACACGCAGUAUCUCACCCUCCACCACAGGGGACACUGUGCGGUCCUUUUUCUAGAAGUGGGAAGUACGAGAUUGUUCUACAAGAAGAAGAUUCCGGGGGCUUAAAAACGCAGAGGUUUGCACCUUGGGAGCCCCUUGGAAUGUUGACAACUCAGGAUCUGAAGGAAAGUUCUGUGUUCAUGAGUUACAGAAUUCAUGUGGGAGUAAAUGUCACUUUAUGAUCAGUAAUAAUACUGAGUGAGGAGCACUAUGCAGGAAGAAACCUUCCAUAGAAAGACGGGCAGGGAGAAGCUCAGGCCAACCAUAGCCCUACUGAAUAGAGCAGGCCUGAGAUAAACUGCCAGGAUGGCCAAAUAAGAGACUCUAUGAAAUAGCAGUCCUUCAACUAUAGUAGUCGUAAGGAAAUUUCCUCCUCUAAAUCACGAUACCAAAUAGGAAAAAUGAUCUACAAGUGCCCCAUGUGUAGGGAAUUUUUCUCUGAGAGAGCAGAUCUUUUUAUGCAUCAGAAAAUCCACACUGCUGAGAAGCCCCAUAAAUGUGAUAAGUGUGAUAAGGGUUUCUUUCAUAUAUCAGAACUUCAUAUUCAUUGGAGAGACCACACAGGAGAGAAGGUCUAUAAAUGUGAUGAUUGCGGUAAGGAUUUUAGUACUACAACAAAACUUAACAGACAUAAGAAAAUCCACACAGUGGAGAAGCCCUAUAAAUGCUAUGAGUGUGGCAAAGCCUUCAAUUGGAGCUCACAUCUUCAAAUUCACAUGAGAGUUCAUACAGGUGAGAAGCCCUAUGUCUGUAGUGAGUGUGGAAGGGGCUUUAGUAAUAGUUCAAAUCUUUGCAUGCAUCAGAGAGUCCACACGGGCGAGAAACCCUUUAAAUGUGAAGAGUGUGGGAAGGCCUUCAGGCAUACUUCUAGCCUCUGCAUGCAUCAGAGAGUUCACACAGGAGAGAAACCCUAUAAAUGUUAUGAGUGCGGGAAGGCCUUCAGCCAGAGUUCGAGCCUCUGCAUCCAUCAGAGGGUGCACACUGGGGAGAAACCCUAUAGAUGUUGUGGGUGUGGGAAGGCCUUCAGCCAGAGCUCAAGCCUCUGCAUCCACCAGAGAGUGCACACUGGGGAGAAACCUUUUAAAUGUGAUGAGUGUGGGAAAGCCUUUAGUCAGAGCACCAGCCUCUGCAUUCACCAGAGAGUACACACAAAGGAGAGAAACCAUCUCAAAAUAUCAGUUAUAUAG